UUUGUAUAGGAGAGGUAAAGAUGGACAGGCUCAUAAGCUUAGAGCCCUCAAACCUUGUUGCAAUCAGGAUUGAACCUGGCCAGAAGUGUUACGGGGAGCUCAUCUUGCGGAAUGUUAUGUACACCAUGCCUGUAGCCUUCCGGCUUCAACCAAUGAACAAGAUGCGGUACACAGUGAAGCCCCAGAUGGCAAUCAUAGCGCCUCUCGCCACCCUCACUGUAGAGAUAUCUUAUCAUCUCCCUCCGGGAUCUUUGCUUCCCAAUUCGUUUCCUCACUGUGAUGAUUCCUUCCUUCUACACAGCUGUGUCGUCCCUGGCGCAGCUGUUGAAUCUGUUCCUAAUGACUGGUUCACCACAAAGAAGAAGCAAGUGUUCAUCGACAGCGGCAUCAGAAUCAUGUUUGUUGGAUCGCCAAUCUUGGCCCAGCUUGUUGUAGAUGGAUCCAUGGAUGAAGUUAGGGAGGUGCUCGAGAGGAGUGACUCGGCGUGGAAUGGAGCAAACUCAGUUGACUCGCAUGGCCAAACAUUACUUCACCUGGCUAUUACUCAAGGUAGAGCCGACCUGGUUCAAUUGCUCCUUGAGUUCGAGCCUGAUGUGGAGGCUCAGAGCCGGUCAGGGUCCACGCCACUGGAGGCGGCGGCGGCGUCUGGAGAAGCGUUGAUCGUGGAGCUCCUGUUGGCUCAUCGAGCCAGCACAGAGCGCUCCCAAUCUUCUACCUUGGGCCCAAUUCACCUGGCUGCGAGAGGAGGUCACAUGGAGGUUUUGAGGCUUCUUUUACUCAAGGGGGCUGACGCUGACGCCAUCACAAAGGACGGCAACACAGCCUUACACCUAUCAGCCAUGGAGCGAAGACGGGACUGCUCGAGACUGUUGCUGGCCAGCGGUGCUAGGGCUGAUGUUCGGAACAAGAACGGGGACACACCCUUACACAUUGCUGCAGGCUUAGGCGAUGAGCACAUGGUGAAGCUCUUGCUGCAAAAGGGGGCAAACAAAGACAUCCGAAACCGGUCUGGGAAAACGGCAUACGAUGUAGCAGCUGAGUACGGCCACACUCGCCUUUACGAUGCCCUCAGCCUAGGGGACAACCUGUGCGCCGCAGCUAGGAAAGGCGAAGUGAGGACAAUCCACAAGCUGCUUGAGAAUGGAGCAGCAAUCAACGGGCGGGACCAGCAUGGAUGGACAGCACUGCACCGAGCCGCAUUCAAGGGUCGAAUGGAAGCUGUCAAGGCACUGAUAGAGAAGGGGGUGGACAUUGAUGCUAGAGAAGAAGAUGGAUAUACAGGCCUGCAUUGCGCUGUGGAGUCUGGACACGUUGAUGUGAUCGAAUUGUUAGUAAAGAAGGGCGCAGAUGUAGAAGCUCGCACCAACAAAGGCGUAACUGCACUGCAGAUAGCUGAGUCCUUAAACUACUUAGGAAUUGUGAGGAUAUUGAGUAAUGUAGGUGCCACCAAAGAAGGCGUCGCGCAAGUUCCCGCACCGGCUCCGAUUCCAUUUGGGAAUGGAAUGUUAGGAGCUAGAGAGGCUCAUGAUCAACUUGGAUAUUGGCCUAAGAAGAAGAACCGAUCGAGAGCCGUUCAUAGCAGCUUUGAUCGGUCCAGUACUCCAAUGGCAGUGCUGUAGCUAGCUCUGGGUUCAUGCCAGGAGUUUUUUGCUUCCUCAAACGAGAGUUCAAACUAUAUAUAUUCUUUGUAUCUUUGGAUGGAAAUUGUGGAAGAAGGUGUAAGCUCGGACAUGUUGAUUGACAACUUAUACAUAUUGCUG